CUUAAACUUAAUGAUCUUUAACAUCUAUCAAACGCUUUUACGGUUCUUAACAAUGUGAUCAGGCUUUCACAUGGGGACUAUGGAGAUAGAGGUGACUACUAGUAGUAGUAAUCAGAAACACGGCGGUGCUGCUGGUAGUGGUGGUGGCAGCAGGUAUCAUGAGAGGGCAGUGUAUGGCGAUAGAGGGAAGGGUAUAUACUUGGUAUGGGAGGAUCUGAAUGUUGUGCUGCCAAAUUUUGGGAAUAAACGCACCAAAAGGUUGAUUCAAGAGCUUAAUGGGUUUACUGAGCCUGGUAGGAUCAUGGCCAUCAUGGGUCCAUCUGGCUUUGGAAAAUCCACACUUCUUGCUCUCUUGCAGAACAAAGAUGUUAUGAGUUGUCUAGAUUUCCCUUCGAUAAACUACUACGUACUAGUUGCACCUGGCUUUUUAGGCAAAAUGGUUACAAACCAUGUCAAAUGAUGUUCCCCCAACCUUUGGGUUAAUUCGAAUCCCCCUCCCCAAGAAGUCGUAAUUUGUGUCUUUUUUUUUUUAAAAAAAAGAGACUACUACUUACUAGUUUUGUGGAUUAGGGAUUAAUGCCUACUUUUCGAGGAGGAUAACUAAUUGUUGUACUUAAUAGCUUUCUUUUUUUGGUAGGAAAGAAAAAAUGUUAAGGAAA